AUCACUCAACCCUCCCUCCAAAAUCACUCUACCUUUCUGCCAAAAAGCUCUCAAUCCCACGCAAAUCCUGCUCCAACCCCGACGCUCUCCGCCACUAAAAUCAUUCAGAUGAAGCUCUCUUGUUGAUUUCCACGCCCUCAUUGUCGUCGAGAUGGCUGCAACUCCAGUUUCGCCGCUCGCGCCCGGAUUGCCAUGUGCUGAGCCCUACAUCCGAUCAACUCCAAAUCUCAGCCACCGCCGUUCAGUUUUGUUCAAUUCCGAGCCCAAGCACUUCAAUCACGCCUUCAUUUCGCACAAUGUCAUCUCCAAGCACCCACGGGCAUCAACUGCAAGUCGAGAUACUGAUUUUUCCAGCGACGGUUCUUCCACUGUUGCAAUCACAAACGAUGAUGUUGCCGGCUCGACUGUCUUCGUAAUCCGAGCGAGAACCAGAAUCGGGCUUCUAGGGGUUAUUACUCGAGUUUUCAAAGUGCUUGGUCUCACAGUCCAAGGAGCUUCAGUUGAGUUUGAAGGGGACUUCUUUGUCAAGAGUUUUCAUGUUACUAGCUCUGAUGGUAAGAAGCUUGAGGAUGUUGAAGAUCUUGAGAGAAUUAGGAAGUCAUUGAUGGAGGCUAUUGAUGGUGUUGGUGAUACCUCUGCCGGACUCAAGCAGGCCGGCGGGAGAGGGGUGGUGGUGAAGAAAUCAGUAUCGGGACUGGAGUCUUUGGGAGAAAGGAGAGCAAAGGCGGAGAAGAUUUUCGGAUUGAUGGAUGGAUUUUUGAAGAAUGAUCCGAUGAGUUUGCAGAAGGAUAUUUUAGAUCAUGUGGAGUACACGGUGGCAAGGUCCAGGUUCAAUUUUGAUGAUUUUGAAGCGUUUCAGGCAUUGUCUCACAGUGUAAGAGAUCGUCUUAUUGAGCGGUGGCAUGACACGCAUCAACAUUUUAAGAAGCAAGAUCCAAAGCGCCUAUAUUUUCUUUCACUUGAAUUUCUUAUGGGUCGUUCGCUGUCCAACAGUGUCAUCAACCUCGGUAUUCGAGAUGAGUAUGCAGAAGCUUUAAGCCAACUUGGAUUUGAAUAUGAAGUUUUAGCGGAGCAGGAAGGAGAUGCAGCACUCGGUAAUGGUGGCCUAGCCCGACUCUCAGCAUGCCAAAUGGAUUCUUUAGCAACACUGGAUUAUCCAGUUUGGGGGUAUGGGUUACGCUAUCAGUAUGGUCUAUUCCGUCAGGUUAUCGUAGAUGGAUAUCAACACGAACAACCAGAUUAUUGGCUGAACUUUGGAAAUCCUUGGGAAAUAGAGAGAAUACAAGUUUCAUAUUCCGUGAAGUUCUAUGGCACGGUUGAAGAGAAAGCCUCAAACGGAGUCAAGUACAAAGUCUGGACACCUGGAGAAACAGUCGAAGCCGUUGCUUAUGACAACCCAAUACCAGGUUAUGGAACACGGAAUGCCAUUAACCUUCGACUAUGGGCUGCUAAACCAAGUGGGCAAUAUGACCUGGAGUCAUACAACACUGGAGACUACAUAAAUGCAAUUGUAAACAGACAGAAGGCGGAAACCAUAAGUUAUGUCCUGUAUCCUGAUGAUCGUUCUUAUCAGGGGAAGGAAUUGAGACUAAAGCAGCAAUACUUCUUUGUUUCAGCAUCAGUGCAAGACAUCAUCAGGAGAUUUAAAGAUGUUCAUGACAACUUUGAUGAAUUUCCAGAUAAGGUUGCUUUUCAGAUAAACGAUACUCACCCAUCACUUGCAAUAGUUGAGGUCAUGAGAGUGCUUAUUGAUGAAGAAUGUUUAGAUUGGGGUAGAGCUUGGGAGAUAGUAUGUCGGGCAUUUUCUUUCACAACUCACACAGUAAACACUGAAGGGCUGGAGAAAAUUCCUGUGGAUCUAAUGGGAAGUCUUCUCCCGCGUCAUUUGCAAAUAAUGUAUGAAAUUAAUCAUCGUUUCAUGGAAGAUUUGAAAAGAAAGAUUGGUCAGGACUACAGUAGACUUGAGCGGAUGUCAAUUGUGGAGGAAGGUAUUGUGAAGAGUAUCCGGAUGGCAAACUUAUCAAUUAUUUGCAGUCACACAGUCAAUGGAGUAUCCAAAGUACAUUUUGAGUUACUUAAAACAAGAUUAUUCAAGGAUUUCUAUGACUUAUGGCCUCAGAAGUUCCAGUAUAAAACAAAUGGAGUAACACAGAGAAGGUGGAUAGUGGUGAGUAAUCCUGGUUUAUGCUCUCUCAUCUCAAAAUGGCUGGGGACAGAAGCAUGGAUCCGUAAUGUCGACCUCUUAGCAGGUUUACAAGAGCAUGCAUCAAAUCCUGUCCUACAACAAGAGUGGAGAAUGACAAAGACAAUUAAUAAGAUGAGGCUUGCUGACUACAUUGAAACUUCGACUGGGGUUAAGGUCAGCUUAGAUGCAAUGUUUGACGUCCAGGUAAAGCGUAUACAUGAAUACAAACGACAAUUGCUGAAUAUACUUGGUAUCGUGUAUCGAUAUGACUGCAUUAAGAAUAUGAACAAAAGUGACAGAAAGAAGGUUGUACCCCGUGUCUGCAUCAUAGGAGGCAAAGCUGCUCCUGGUUAUGAAGUUGCCAAGAAAAUUAUUAAGCUAUGCCAUGCUGUUGCAGAAAAAGUUAACAAUGAUGAUGAUGUUGGGGAUCUACUCAAAGUGGUUUUUAUCCCGGAUUAUAAUGUGUCUGUGGCUGAACUUGUUAUCCCUGGCAGUGACCUUUCACAGCAUAUCAGUACUGUUGGGCAUGAGGCGUCAGGAACUGGCAGUAUGAAAUUUCUCAUGAAUGGGUGCUUGCUAUUAGCCACUGCAGAUGGUUCCACAGUUGAAAUAAUUGAAGAAAUAGGAGCAGAGAACAUGUUUCUUGUUGGUGCUAAAUUACAUGAAGAUCCACCAUCGGGAGAUAAACCUGCUCCAGGAGUAUCUAUUCAAUUUAUUCGAGUUGUAAGUAUGGUUCGCGAUGGUUAUUUUGGUUUCAAAGAGUACUUCAGUUCACUAUGCGACUCUCUGGAGGACGACAAAGAUUUUUAUAAGCUCGGGGCUGAUUUUACUAGUUAUCUUGAGGCUCAGGCUAUGGCUGAUAGAGUGUUUGUGAACAAAGAAAAAUGGACUUGCAUGAGUAUCCUUAGCACCGCUGGUUCUGGGAAAUUCAGCAGCGACCGAACAAUCGAAGAAUAUGCCAAGAAUGCUUGGGGUAUUGAACCCUGCAGAUGUCCCUUCUGAUCAUUCUUGCUCACUUCUUCUAAACCUUUCUCUUACCAUUUUCUUCAAGAAAAAAACUUGUCCUCAUCUAUUCUCAACAUAUAUAGUGCUAUAUACUAUUUCUUCUUAAUUCCA